AUGCCUGCGUUCACAGGCCGUCCCGUCCUCGUCCUCGGCAGCCUUCGCGGUUCAGAGCAGAACCCGGGACAACCAGGAUCAUCUUCAACGUCUUCUAACAAAGCUUCAGCAAACACUGGGCCGUCCUCUGACUCUGGAGCAGCAACAGGUGGACGUGGCGAUAGCAAAGUAAGUGGGAGCUCUGAUGCUUCCAAAGAAGAUAAAAACAGGACAGUGAGCCCUCAACCAUCUGCAGCCAGCAGCACAAAGCUGAAACUGGAGGUGGGCCCUUCUGCUAAAAUAGGGCAGGGGAGGCCAGAUGAGGAGUCAAAGAACAAGGAGUCAAAGAACGAGAAUGCAGGUGACAAGGGUGGCAGCAGUGGCGAGAGCCCGGGCGGCGGCCAGGGCAGCAGCGGGACCCCAGACGGUGGCAAUGGCAACAACAAUGGCAACAACAAUGGGAAUGGAGACACUGGCCAGAAUGGCAACAACAAGAACCAAGGUGGUGACCAGAGCAACCCUAGUGAGAACCAGCCCAGUGGCCAGAAUGACAACAGUAAGAACAAAGAUGAUGUCCGGAAUGACAACAGCGGGAGCCCGGACAGCCAGAAUGACAACAAUGGGAGCCAGCGCAACGGCCAGGAUGACAGCAAUAAGAGCAAAGACAAUGGCCAGAAGGACAGCAACGGGAGCCAGGGUGGCGGCCAGAACAGCAACAACAACGAUGGCCAGAACAAUGACAACGGGAGCCAGGGUGGCGGCCAGAACAGCAACAACAACGAUGGCCAGAACAAUGACAACGGGAGCCAGGGUGGCGGCCAGAACAGCAACAACAACGAUGGCCAGAACAAUGACAACGGGAGCCAGGAAAAGAAGAACAAAAACAAUGGCCAGAACGACGACAACGGGAGCCAGGGUGGCGGCCAGAACAGCAACAACAACGAUGGCCAGAACAAUGACAACGGGAGCCAGGGUGGCGGCCAGAAUGACAACAAUAGGAGUGAAGCCAGUAGCCAGGGUGGCAAUGGCAGGAACCAGGGGUCGCCGCAGAGCAAAGGCCUUUCAGGGGAUGGAGGUGACCCCCAGCAUGACAAGGGUGAGGUCAAACAGGGCGACGAGGCAGGAAAGAAGAGCGUUCCUGCCAUUCCUCCCAAGAACAAGUCAGAGAGCAGCCACUUCUUUGCCUACUUGGUGACCACAGCUAUUAUCGUUGCUGCCUUAUAUGUUGCGUAUCACAACAAGCGAAAGAUCAUUGCUUUUGCUCUGGAAGGGAAGAGAUCAAAAAUUGCUCGACGGCCCAAGUCUGGUGAUUAUCAGAGACUGGAUCAAAAGAUCUAGAGUCCUCUUUGGACGGUCUGUGCUCUGCUGUGUGGAUUAAAGAUGGCUUGCAAUGAAAAUGCGAAAUACUGGGAAACUCGUGGACUUCCUGGCUGUAGCGCUUUGAAUCCUAGCUAUGCUGCCGUGUUCAGAUCUGAGAGCUGGAGGAGGGGAAAAUGCUUUUAGUUUGGCACCUGCACCUUGGUAAUAUUAAACUUCUCACUUUUUUUGAAAUGUUUCUCCUUUCCCAAGUGCGAAGAUGAACUAGUUUUCAGCUUUGGCUUCUGGUCUGUGACCCAAGAAAAGCCAGUUUCCAGCACUUGACAGAACUUUUGUGUCCAAAUGAAAUGGAAUUUGCCAUCUACUGUACUGACGUCUCUCUUUCAGGGGGGGAAAAAAUCUGCCUGCGAAAUGAGCCAUCUGAUUCUCUCCUUUCAGAGUUAUAGAGCUGUCUUUGUAACCAGCACGGACUCGAUUGAGACACAGACGCUCUCUCCUUCUGUCCAUUGUAUUUGGAUGCUAAAGUUCAUAGCGUGACCGAUUGCACUAGUUUGGAAAUUGUCUGCCAAGGACUCUGAUUUGAUACUUUGUUUGUUUUCCUCUGUGAUGAAGACAAUGUUAGUUUGGCAUCUAGAUUCUCCCUUUAAUGCAGAUCUUUGGAAGCGCUGGAGCUGUCCUUAGCCCUUCGGAUGUAGCUUAAACUUCCUGACCUGCAUAUUGGAGGUUAGGCUCCACACGGGUUUUUUCCUUCGCAAUCCCCAGAGUUCAUAUGUUUGCACUAAAAACAACAAUUGGAGUUUGAUGCUGUGAAAGAGGGCAAGUGAGGCAUGUUAAGUUUUGUGCCAAAUGGCUGUGGCAAAGUUGUAGCAGACUUUGCCUUGUAAGGUUGCUUUCCUGUGUGUUGUAAAAUGUCAUUUGUAUGACAGUCCUAAAGCAUUUGGGAUGGAUGAAACGGCUUCAGCACUUGCAGUGAUUCAAACCCCCUUUUUCAAAAGUGCGGUAUUGAGGCCCUGGAAUAUUCAGUGCUGUCCAUUCCCUACGGCAGUGAAGGAGCCUCCGGGUCGACUGUAGAGCUUGCUGCAGCUGAGCGCUUAAAAGUGUUGGUGCCUGCUGAAGAAGUGCCGUUUCCUUGACUAGCUGAGGGGGCAGGGGCUGAGGCAGUCGUUGAUCUUCUGCGUUGUGGAGUCCCGCAGCAGUGAUAUGGCACCUCUGCUUUUACAACAGUCGUCCUCACAAACCAGCCUGCGAUAAGGGCUCUUGUCUUUUCUGCGUGUACCUCGCAGUGGGAUGGGUUCCCCGUUAGCAAUGGGAGAGGCACUUCCACGUGCAGAAAUGUCUCCCUCCUUUCACGAGCUGCAUGUGAAAGGCUUUAUAGUGUACCUGGCAGAAUCUCUUCCAUGGCUCUGUGAUCCCUUGCUUGGAGAAGUUUUGCAUAGUUUGAAUGUACGAAUAACCAACCACUUGUAGCCGAGCUGGUCACCUUGGUAAUACUGUGGAGCACUUAAACUAGGGCCUGGGACAUACUAGUACUAGCUAUAUUUAAGGCUGUAAAACGUGUUGAUUCAUGGCUUAUAGCCACAAUCCUGUUUUUAUUUUUGUAGUUCUAUUCCAAAGAUGUUUGUUUGAGACAGGACGUAUCUGAAGAGUGCAUAAAGUGCCUGCCCAGCUCGUUCUUUUGUUUUUUUCCAAUAUGGGCAGAAUAAAAUUGGUAUGACGCGGGUGGAGUUCUUCACAUGGGUAACUGUCUACACCUGCAGCUCGUGCCGACCGUACGUGAGUCACCCUCUCCGUGUGCUUGUCAACUGACUGCACAGGAAGCAUCCUGUCCUCCUGUGAGAGCUGCUGAGUAUUAACUUCCCUUCAGCUUGCUCCAAAAGUGACAUGUGGCAUGAGGCCUGCCUCUUUCCGGCCUUCCUGAGCUUGUGAACAAUUGGUAAUCUGCCCUGUGAUUACUAAAGAUAGUCAUCUUCCACAAGGGCAGAGAGGUUUUCUUGCCCGGCUGUGAAAGCUACAGCUGCAUUUCGCUAGUGGUUAGCUCCUGUGUAGGAGGGGAGAAGGCAGGUUGUGUGCAGGGCUUGAGGCUCUCUUAAAAGCAAAACCUUCCUUUUUUUGGUCAGCUGUUAGCAAGCACAGAGGGAGAGUAGGAGAAAGUCACCGUUUUUAAAUAGCUUUCGAGACUUCCAUAUUUUGCUUCCUUUUUCUGAUGUUGAAAGGACUUGCAGAAGCUAUUUUGGAGAGCGGGAGUGUGAAGUGGGGGGAAGAGAAAGGAAAGGAAGUCUGGGAACAUAGCUCUUGAGGGAGAUGUGCCUCCUGAAAAGGAUGGGAGCUCACAAAACAAGACUUUACUGUUUCAGAGAUACCAUAUGAUAAGUCUGAGGCUGACCGUUGCACGGCUGAUUUAUUGACAGGAUGCAGAGUGGGAGGUAGUGGUUUUAGUCUAAUGAUAGCGGGGUGGGGGGAAGUAUUCAAAGAUGUGAAAUGCCAUGUGUUUUUGAGCUGCUCACUGCUGAAUCCUUAGCGUUUGUGUGUGCUGUUUUCCUGCUUGGUCCUGUUUUUAAAAUUGGAAAAUAGUUUACAGAGGUGCGUGUGGGUGUUUUUUGUUUUUUUUUUUUACACCAUCUGCUCGGGUUUUUUAUAUCCUGAGAGUUUUUCCAAAUGUCUUUCAAUCCUUUAUCUUUCCAAACUGUGUUGGAAAUCCCACCCCCAUUACUGGCACAGUUAGCUAUUAAUAGCAAGCCUGGUUUAGCAAGCUCUUGUGCUAGUGGGACCAUUGCACCUCGGAUGUCGCGUCUGUUCUUCCACCCAUCGAAUCGUCCCGCAGAGCCACGAGCUCUUUCGUUGGGUGAACGAGAAUGUACGUCGUGUUUCCCUGGGAGUUGCUGGCGGAUUGCGCAGUGCCCAGCAAGCGCAGGUUUCGCUGAGCUGUCCCGGGCAGGCAAUGUUUGUGAUGGCUCCGAACGCAAGAGCCUUGCCACAGUCCACGCCUGUGGAAGCAGCUCUCGAAAUGCACUGAAACCCGGUUCCCCUGCUAACGCCAAAGGGCUCCGACGUAAUUCUCCCAUCCGGCAGUUCUCGAGCACAGUCUAUUUCUGGCAGCGGUUGCUAUAACUGUCUGAACUGUGUGAAACCUCUGGGAAUGAUUUCUAUGUUUUGUUGAUUGAAUUUUUUGUUCUUUUUAUAUAGUAUUUAAUUUUAUGCAAUGUUUUUUCAAACCGGUCAAGGUCUGUGCAACCUUUUCUCUUUGGGCACAACACAUUUUCAAACGGAUGGCGUCUGUCGGUACGUAAUUUUUGCCAAAUGUUACUCCUUUUAGAUCGGUUACCUUGCCAGUUUGAAUCUCCAAAUGGUUUGUUUUCUGCUGCAGUGAAAUGCAACUUGCUUUGAAGGAUCAGAAUUUUUAUAUUUCUUUGUACUUUUUUCCUGUGUGGUGAAGUCAGUAAAAUGGGUAUAAAAAACCA